AUGUCAUUCUGGCCUAAGGAUCAGUUUGAACCAAAGGCAUUUAAACACCCAGCAGGUAGUGAGGCGGUCGCAGCCGCCUACCUGGUGCGCGCCUUGCGGGGUCCCGGGAGGGGGGGGCUCUCCUCCUCUGCUGGUCAGGGCCUCCCUCCCCCACCGCACGCGUGGGGAACUGAGGCAGCGGGCGAGAGCCCGAGCCCAGGCCGCGGACAGUCGUCGACCCGGGAGGCCGGCCCCGGCCGGGCAGCUGCCGAGCGCAGGCACUCGCUGCCCCGCGGGGAAAGCGGCGCGGCGGGCGGCGGGCGGCGGGCGGCGCGGGGGCAGCUCCCUUCGCAGCGGUUCCCACCGCGCCGCCGAGGCAGGCGGGGGCGGGGGCGGCGGCACGCCAGGGCGGUGGCCUCCGUCACCCGGAGAAACGCUAACGACCCAGGCGGCACAGCCCCCUACUCAGCCGCGCGUGCGCUGUCGCCAGGGGCACACGCCUGCGCCCUCCUCCCGCAGCCUACCUACACGCGCGUCCCCGCGCCCUUUCCACUCCUUUCCUUUCCCGCCCCAGACAGACAGCAGUGGGCAAAGGGCUUGUGCCCUCGGCCAGCCCCCGAGGCGGCCCGGCGUCUGGGCGUUCGUGAAAACUGUCCCUCUCCACCUCGGUCUCGUCUCGGCCUCGGUCUCCUGCCCCACCUCCCGGGGCGGGGCGGUCCCUGCUUCCGUCCCUCCCAGCUGCUGCAGGCUCUGUCUCCCUCUUCCCUGCCCCUCGUAUGGUCCCGAAAGAUACAGACUUACGGAGACAGAAGACCGCCUGAUCUACUCGGUGGGACGGGACUAGCACACCUCAGGGUGCUAGUUCCCAAGCCAUUGCCCACCGCGCGCUCGCGUCGAGGCGGACGUUGGCCGAAGCGAGAUGCCGCGGGGGCCCCCACGGGCCUGGCCGUGGUGAUGAGCAAGAACCUCGGAGGCGCCUUCGGGUCUCUGGUCGACGGGAGGACCCUCGAGGCUUCCCGUGCCGUUGCACCUGUCCCUGCAGCCGCGGGGGGGCAGCGUUCCCGCCGAGGGAGCAGGGACGGCUCGCACGCCGCGCCACACCCGCACCUCCGCAGUCAGCCGGGGCGCCGAUUCUCCUGCUGCACGUGUGCGUGUGGCCCGGGGAGGCACCUCCUGGUUCUCUCCCCGACCCAGUCCCAGUCCCAGUCCCACUGCUCACCAAGAAGGACUGAAGGGGACCCUCUGCGGGUUCAGGAGGCCCUGCCGCGGAAGUCCAACAGGUGACCUUCAGGAAGAUGGUAUGGCUUGGAAGUCGCCCAGAGACCCCAGCCUCUAAUGUCACCGUCUACAGAGACCAGCAGACAGGGACCGAAGAGGAAACCUUAAGACCUUCAUGGGGCGCGCGCCCCCAUCAUCUCCGAUGAGAUGCAGAGGGCCUCUCCAGGAGAUCCAAAGAAUCUUGACCUAUUCCAGGUGGUGGCCACCUCUGUCAAAGGAAUCCAGGUCGCUGGCCAAAGGAGGGGCAAAGGAGCCAAGCCACCAGAAGGGCCCCCACGGCUGGGUCUCGAUGGGCCUCGUCAAGCCCGGAACGUGUAGCCGUGUCAAAAAGUAAAGAAAUGUACAAUGACUGAUGUGGGCGUGUCAAGCACACCAGAGAGCCAGCUUGAAAGGCUUCCCACCGGCCAAGGCAAGAUAAGACAAUGAUAACAAUGGAUAUAACAUAGGUGCGGAGCCUUGUUAAACUGGCGAUGCGAUGACACACCAGUAUCAGUGAACAUUAAGCACCAGAUCUUGGUCUUCAGACAAAAUAAAAAGCAAAAGGGACCAGGGCUCCUUGGAGAACCACCCAGCCACCUCUUUGGGUCUUCAUUUUCCUAUGUGGUCCUCUAUGUACACGUAAAACUCCGUGUGCUUUCCUCCUGUUAUUCUGUUUUUUGUCCAUUUAAUUCUAAGGGCCUGCUGGAGACCCGGAAGGAUCAAAAUAAGGCUCUGGCUCCCCUACAGCUUGACCCAGGGUGAAGCAAUGCACGAGCAGGAGGCAGGCGUGUGAGAGCAGUUAAGGCGCACACCCCUGACUUACCUUUUUCUGAUGUCUGUAAGAUGAUCCCUCCCACUCUCCCAAAGCGAGAAGGGGCUGAAGGAGACUAGGUUGGGGGCUGAUGGUGUAGACCAGCGGAUGCUCCCCCUGAGCUCAGGGACUGUUUUUUCACAGCUCUCGUGGAGGGGCCCAAGCAAAUGACCUUCAAAGACACUACUGUUGAAAAUGACCAAGGAGUGAGUGUUUCCAACUCUGUGACUUCUCUGUAGGAAGGAUACAGUGUUAUUAAUCUUACCUGGACUCAGAGCUAGAAUCUGGAACAUGGUUGGAAUCUACUUUUUUAAGCCUGAGAUCAGUAAGUGAAUUCAUGAAGUAUAUUAAAAGCCUAUUACAUAGCCAUGCGCUAUUCCAGCCAAGUAUGAAUGGAAGAGUCAACAAAAUAAGCAAGAAAGCCUGCCCUCAGGGAAGUUAGGUCCCAGUGGGUAGAGUCAGAAAACCCAAAUAUACACUGUGUUAGAUCCCUGCUUCUCACACGUCAACGUGUAUAGAAUCAACUGGGACUCUUGUUAAACCGGCGAUUAUGAUUUGGUAAGUUGUGCAAAGGUGAAGCCUAAGAUGCCGCAUCCUUUGGGGCAGGGGGAGCAGCAGAGGGUGAGGGAGAGGGAGAAAGUUACGCAGGUUCCACUGAGACCCUGAGAUCACGACCUGAGCUGGUAUCAAGAGUCCGAGGCUUAACCCAGUGUGCCGGCUAGGAGUCCCUAAGAUGCUGCAUUCUUAAGCAUGCCCCCAGGGUGGCAGGUGACGCUUCUGAGGCUGCUGGUCACUGGACCACACUAAUGAAGGUUUUGAUAAAGCCUUGAUAAUAAUUCUGCAGGAAAGAAGAUGGGCAGGAAGAAGUGUUGAGUUGAA